GAAAAAAAAUAUCUUUCAGGUAAUAGGCCCACUUAAGAGUCGUUUUUCUGAAAUGACGUCAAGACUUGGUUUAGGUGGUGCUGGUGUAAGUAUUGGGAAAGCAAAAUUUCCUAUUGUACUAAAACAUGCAAUUGACAGUGCUACUCCAGCAUCAGUUCAAGAGGCAUUUGCUGUUACUGGAAUUUGCCCAUACAAUCCACAGGCCAUUGAUACUACACAGCUGGUGGAAGCUUCAUUUGAUCAACGUAACGGAGAAAACGAAAGUGAUGAACAAGUAAAGACUUGUGACAAAUGUGGCCACUUUUUAUCAAAUCCACUCGUAAAACGUGGAUUGAUUCCAGCAAGUCUUGCAGACGUUCUGAUGCCUCCACCAGUCAAGCCCGCCGAAGCGAAACGAAAAAAGAGGGUUGUGGCAGAGGGUCGUUUGAUAAGUGGAGAAGACAUGCUUAAACAGCUAAAGGAGAAAGAAGAUCUUGAGAAGAAGAAAGUUGAGGACAUUGAGAGGAGAAAGAAAGAAAGGGAAAUGAAGAAGGAAAAGCGAUUAGAAGAAGAGGAAGAGAGGCGCGCAAAAAAGAAAAAGAGAGAGGAGGAGAAGGAACUUAAACUAAACGAGAAAAGGAGAAAAGUCGAGCAAAGAAAAGAAAAAAGGAAAGAAAAAGAAGCGAAUUCGGCUGCCGCUGCUGCACUUAUGGCUGGAAUGUAUGUGUGUGAGGUGUGUGGGUUGCAUGGCCUUGUAGACGAUGAGGUUAAUGGAAGGUUUUGGUUUGGGUGUGAUGAAGAGUUAUGCCAAAGGUGGUAUCAUGAGGAGUGCUUGACAGAUUGUGAAAGGAUGUAUGUACAGGAGAGGUUAGAGGAAGGUGGAGAUAAAUGGUUCUGUAAGCGGUGUAAACCAUGGUUGUAUGAAGAGGAGUGAAAAACACUUAUUGAUAAACGUUGUUGCACAUUUCUUACUAGCUUUGGUUUUAAUACAAAUUUGUUUGUCAAGCAAUGCAUUAAAUCUAUGUCAGUUAAAUGAUAAGCUAUAUUUGAAAUUAAAUUAAAUAUGCAUAUUACAAUAAUUUUAUGAUUAAUUAAUGAGUUUCAAAAUAAAGAUAAGCAUAGCUAUU